UAAAGUAAUGUCCAUGAAAUCAACCCAUCAUAACUCAAAAACCAAAACAAUAAAAGGUCCAGAUUCAAUAAUUACAGGUGGCUCCGCUCCCAACCACUCAUCGGAACCGACCAGGAAAACCCAUGACUCUUAUAUAAGGAAUUGACAUAAAAGUCCAUGUCCACCUACGCAUGAAUUUACUAUGGUAUAUAUAGUCUCACAUUUAGCUCUAAAAAAGGCCGGAAACAAGAGGAAAGCUCAUAAAUUGGUAGCCCUAGCCCUGGGUAAAUUCUGGUCUGGUCCAUUAUGGUGGUUUUCUUCUGAGCUCUAAACCUUCAAGCUCAAGCCCAGUAACUCGUUCUACCUCCAAUUUUCCCUUGUAACCAAAAUUCAAAAUUUUGAUUUUUUUUUCAAAUUCCCCACAAAAAUUUAAUUCCAAAACCCCAGAUUAGCAUUUUCGUAGCGUUUCUCGAUCUUUCUCUCGUCCUGAUUGUCAAUAAAGGCGAGGAUUAUUCUUUCUUCUAUUGAGAUGGAUUCGCCUAUUGCAGCUGUGAUGCCUACUCCUAUUGAUAACAGUGAACCGCCUGGUUUAGAAACACAGCCUAAUAAGCGUAGCAGAAAGAAGUCUAUUGUGUGGGAUUACUUUACUGUAGAAACAGUAGGAGCCGGAUGUACUAGGGCCUGCUGCAAGCAAUGCAAGAAAUCAUUUGCUUACAUUACCGGUUCAAAGCUAGCUGGAACCAGCCACCUAAAACGACAUAUUACCAUGGGAAUAUGCCCAGUAAGCCGCCAGAAAAAUCAGCAAUCUCCAAAUUCCAAACCAGGGAAUGCUAUUGAUCCACCCAAAAGACGCUACAGAUCAACUGCUGGAUUUGCUAGCAUCCCUUUCAAUCAGGAUCGCUGCAGCCAUGAAAUCGCUAAAAUGAUCAUAAUGAAUGAUUAUCCUCCCCACAUUGUUGAACAUUCUGGUUUUGUUGAUUUUGCUCAUACUCUUCAACCCCAGUUUAAUAUGGCCAGCUUCAAUACCAUCCAAGGGGAUUGUGUGGCAAUGUACCUGAGAGAAAAGCAAAGCCUUUUGAAUUUUAUCAGUGAAAUUCCUGGACGAGUGAACCUUACAUUGGAUUUGUGGACUUCAAAUCAAACUAUUGGCUAUGCAGUCCUAACAGGGUACUUCAUCGAUGGUGAUUGGAAUUUGCAUCGUCGGAUUCUUAAUGUUGUUAUCAUUCCUUAUCCGGAUUCAGAUGUUGCCUUUAAUCAAGCUCUUGCAACUUGCUUAUCUGACUGGCAUCUAGAAAGCAAGUUGCUGACCCUCGCACUUGAUCACUCCUUUUCUUAUGAAACCUUAAAUCAACAUCUCAAGAAUCCACUUAUGUUGAAUGGUCGGUUAUUAAUAGGAAAUUGCUAUGCUUGUGUUAUAAGUCGAUUGGCACAAGAUGCAAUUGGAGCAACUGGGGCAGCUGUCAAGAAAAUUCGUGAUAGUGUAAAGUAUGUGAAAACUUCAGAUGCUCAUGAAGAGAAGUUUCUUGAGCUGAAGGAACAACUUCGAGUGCCUAGCACAAAAGAACUCUUUAUUGACAACCAAACUAAAUGGAACACAACUUUCCAUAUGCUGCUGGCUGCUAAUGAGCUAAAGCAAGUAUUUUCUUGUUUAGAAACCUAUGAUCCAGAUUACCAAAUAGUCCCACCAUCAAUGGAUGAGUGGAAGCAGGCAGAAAUUCUUUGCAUAUACUUGAAGUACUUCUUUGAUGCAGCUAACAUCUUAACUUCUCCGACGUACCCAACUGCCAGUGCCUUCUACCAUGAAGUGUCAAAAAUUCAAUUAGAGUUGAUGCAAGCAGCCAUGAGUGAAGACCCCUUUGUCAGCUAUCUCACCAGACCUUUGAGAGAAAAGUUUGAUGAAUAUUGGAGAGAAUGCUUUCUUGUUUUGGCGAUUGCUGUUGUUAUUGACCCAAGGUUCAAAAUGAAUCUAAUUGAGUGCAGCUUCUCCAGGAUAUAUGGUGAGAAUGCUGAGAUGUGGAUCAAGGUUGUCGAGGAUGGCAUUCAUGACCUCUUUCAUGAAUAUCUUGUUCAGGCAUUUCCUCCAGAUGCUUUUAUGGAAGAAGGGAAUGAGGUCAUCCCAAAAACUGAAAUUCAUCAAGAACAAAUUCCUCAUGAAGACACCCUACUAGAAGAGAUUCCUCAAGAAGGAAUCUAUCAUGAAGGACAACCUCAAGAAGGGAACUACCAAGGACACUAUCAAGAAGGGACCCAUCAAGGUCUUGCUGAAGAAUUACUGUCGCAUGGUUCUCAAGAAAUGCCUCUUAUUACUAUUGGAGAUGGGCUAUCAGAUUUUGAAGCCUACAUCUGUGAGUAUGCAAUAACUCAGCAAUCAAAAUCAGAAUUAGAUCAGUAUCUUGAAGAAUCAGUGUUGCCUCUUUCUCAGGAGUUUGAUAUUUUGGAUUGGUGGAAACUAAACCAACUGAGGUAUCCAACUCUUUCCAAGAUGGCUUCUGAUAUUCUGUCAGUACCAUUCUCUACAGUUUCUCCUGAUUCUGUGUUUGACACUUCUAGCAAGAAGAUGGAUGACUACAGGACUUCGUUGCAUCCAGUGACAUUGGAGGCUCUCAUUUGUGCUAAGGAUUGGUACCAGUAUGGAUCAUUAUCAUCUGAGUUCACUAAUUCAACUGUGAAAAUGGAAUUAUAGGGUUUAGGUUUUGUUUUUCUCUGGCAGGAUAUGAUAGACGGUUUUACUCCCAAGGUUUUUAGGUGUUGGUUACAAGCAAUUGUCAAUAAUUUUUUCCUUUUUCCUACUAUUAUCUUUGUUAUUAUGAGUAUAUUUACUUAACAAAAUUGAUUAUGAUUAUGAUAGAUGGCACUCCACUUGAUUAUGCAUUCUA